GAGAGAGACAGAGAGGCAGCGUAGGAGGGAGGAAGUCCUACAGUUCAGGACUUCUCAUGAAGCGUGUCAGACGAUACUCACGAGAAGAGGGAGAGGACCUUUGCCACUAGUGAGGAACGAGUUAGAGGAAAUCAGGAGAAGUGGAGUCUGGGUGUUCCUAUGCAAGCGGGAUGAAGUGACCCUCCUCUCUGUGGGUCAGCCAACAGAAGAUGAAGAGCCAAAUCACCAACGCCCUCUCUGACUUCUUCUUUGAGUAUGAGACCCCACGCCAGGUGCUGGUGAGGAACAGGAGAGUUGGGGUGGUGUGCCGUCUGAUCCAGCUGGGAGUCCUGGCUUACAUCAUUGUGUGGGUGUUCAUCUACGAGAAAGGCUACCAGUCCACAGACACAGCAGUCAGCUCUGUCUUCACCAAAAUGAAAGGAGUGGGCUACACCAAUGUGAAUGGAGCUGAGAGAGUCUGGGAUGUGGCCGACUACGUCUUCCCACCGCAGGGAGACUCAUCUUUUGUGGUGAUGACUAACUACAUUAUAACUGAAGGUCAGAAGAUGGGAAAGUGUCCAGAGCUCCCAGGCAAACACAACUGCAGCUCAGGCGCUGACUGUGAAGGAGGGAGUUUCAAACGUACGGGACAUGGGCAAAUGACGGGAGUCUGUGUGAAUACUACUAAGACCUGUGAGGUUUUGGCUUGGUGCCCUGUUGAGAAUGACCACAACAUCCCAGACCCUCCUCUGUUGAUGUCUGCAGAGAACUACACACUGUUCAUCAAAAAUUCUGUAACUUUCCCCUUAUUUGGUGUCACAAGGAGUAACCUGGUGGAGGGUAUUAAUAAUACGUACAUCAGACAAUGCCUUCAUCAUCCAAAGACUGCUCCACUGUGUCCCAUAUUCAAACUGGGGGACAUAGUUAAAGAGUCUGGCUUCAAUUUUACAACAAUAGCUAGAGAGGGAGGGGCAAUUGGUAUUGUGGUUGACUGGACAUGUAACUUUGAUGUGGAUAUAAAACACUGUAAACCAACAUACAAGUUCCACGGUCUGUACGGAAACCCUGAUGAGAAAGACAAAGCCAAAGCAUCAGUGGGCUACAACUUCAGGUAUGCAAAGCAUUAUUUGGAGGACAAGGUUCCAAAAAGAACCCUUCUCAAGGUAUUUGGCAUCAGGGUCGAUAUCAUUGUGCAAUCGCUGGCUAGAAAAUUUGAUAUCAUCCCAACAUUGACAGCAAUAGGCUCUGGAGUGGGCAUUUUUGGAGUGGCAACUGUAGUCUGUGACUUGAUGAUGCUCUAUAUCCUGCCAAAAAGGGAAUUUUACAAGAACAUGAAAUUCAAAUACACAGACACACAAAUACAGCAUGACAGCGAGUCGCUCGGUUUAGACACAAGCGUCUAUUACACCCUUGAAGCAAAUGCAAGACAAGUCCAAGACACUGGCCAGUCCAACGACCCUGAUUCAGAGGAGGCUAGCACAGAGACUGAUGCAUCUAAUAAGUGACCAUGGAGAAAACUUGCAAGUCAAUGGCCAUGGUGUUUUGAAGUGUGCUGCACUGGAACCCUGCAUUUGAUCCUGCAAGACAACACACACACAAACUCUAAAUGGACUCUGGGGACUGGAGAGGACACGGUUAAAUGACAAUGCUCCACGUCCUUUAUUUCUUAUCAAUGUUCCGGAGCAUCUUUUACCAACAUCCUCCCACUCAUCCUGUAAAGCCACCCUGAGUAGGCCGCAGAUAGAGUAGCUCAGCUGUAUGUGUACUUUUUUUGGGUGGAGCUUGGUUUGCUUUUGUUUGGUCUUUUGGGUGUCUCCAUAUCUGUACAGGCGAAAGAACAGUGUCAGGCACGUCAAUGCUCAUAAAUCAUCGACAACUCAUAUUUUCCCUCUGUAACUGUCCUUGUCUAAACAAGAGACACACAUAAUGUGUGGAUGUGCCACUGUCAUUGAUCCUGUAUGCAUUUUGUGAUCAACGAUCGAGUUCAAUAAAACAUGUACAGAAAUA